GCUUCAUAAUGUUAAAGUUUUGUUUCCGGGUCACGCAGCUUGCGGGGUUAAAUUAAACCAUGGAGCAGAAAGAAGAAAACAGUAACGAUGAUGGAGACAUUUCUUCUGUCAUGGGGUUCUCUGGCUUUGGAAAGAAAGCCCGGACCUUUGAUUUCCAAGCUAUUUUUGAACAAACUCGAAGAACAGCCAUUGAGAGAAGCCAACGAGUCUUAGAGGAUCGACAACUUGAAGACCUUCAGAAAGAGCAGGCUGGUAGCUCUCAAACAGCCAGGUCAUCUGAUGCAUCCAAGAAACCCUCUGUAUCAAGGAAACAGGAGAGCAGCAGCGGCAGCAGCGGCAGCAGUGGCUCAGACUCUGAUUCAGAUGGAGAGGGCAUUGGGCCCCCACCGCCCCCGGGAUUCAAACGAUUCGGGGCAGCUGCGGCGGCGGAGGAGGAAGAGGGACUGGUGGGGCCUCCGCUUCCUCCAGGCUACGGAGGCAGCAGGGCUGAGGAUGAGGAUGAUGAUGAUGAUGAUGAUGAUGAUGAUGGGGACACUCAAGAGGAAGAUGAUGACAACCCAGUGAAGAAGAUUCCAGACACGCAUGAGAUCACCCUCCAGCACGGCUCUAAGACGGUGUCUGCACUCGGCCUGGAUCCCUCAGGAGCCCGUCUGGUUACCGGGGGUUACGACUACGAUGUAAAGUUCUGGGACUUUGCGGGGAUGGACUCUGCCCUGCAGGCUUUCAGAUCCCUGCAGCCCUGUGAAUGCCACCAGAUCAAGUCCCUGCAGUACAGCGUGACGGGCGACGCGAUCCUGGUGGUGGCUGGGAACGCCCAGGCCAAGGUCCUGGACCGCGACGGCUUCCAGGUGAUGGAGUGUGUGAAGGGGGACCAGUACAUCGUGGACAUGGCCAACACCAAGGGGCACACGGCCAUGCUGAAUAGUGGCUGCUGGCACCCCAAGAUCAAAGAGGAGUUCCUCACCUGCUCCAACGACGGUACGGUGCGCACAUGGGACGUGAACUCGGAGAAGAAACACAAGGGUGUGUUCAAGCCUCGCACCCAGCAGGGCAAACGUGUUACCCCGACUUGCUGCACCUACAGCAGGGAUGGGAAGCUCAUUGCGGCAGGAUGCCAAGAUGGCAGCAUCCAGAUCUGGGACCGCAACUUAAGCGUCCACACCAAGUUCCACUGUCGGCAGGCCCACACCCCAGGCUCUGACACCUCCUGUCUCACCUUCUCCUAUGAUGGGACCAUCCUGGCAUCUCGAGGAGGCGAUGACACGUUAAAGACGUGGGACAUCCGGAACUUCCGGAAGCCUCUGAACGUGGCAACUGGACUGAGCACCUUCUUCCCAAUGACCGACUGCUGUUUCAGUCCUGAUGACCAGCUCCUGGUGACCGGGACGUCAGUGAGAAAGGGUGAGGGCAACGGCAAGCUGGUGUUCUUCGACCGGGGAUCCUUCCAGAAGGUCUAUGAGAUCGAAGUGACCAACGCUAGUGUGGUUCGAUGCCUGUGGCACCCCAAGCUGAAUCAGAUAAUGGUUGGCACUGGUGAUGGCCUGGCCCGAGUCUACUACGACCCCAUCAAGAGUCAGAGGGGGGCCAAGCUGUGUGUGGUGAAGAGCAAGCGGAAGGAGAAGCAGGCCGAGACUCUGACGCAGGACUACAUCAUCACCCCUCACGCGCUGCCCAUGUUCCGAGAGGCCCGGCAGCGCAGCACACGGAAGCAGCUGGAGAAGGACCGUCUGGACCCGAUGAAGUCCCACAAGCCCGAGCCGCCCGUCUCUGGGCCAGGGCGAGGUGGUCGCGUGGCUGCCCAUGGCGGGACGCUGUCCUCGUACAUCGUGAAGAACAUCGCUCUGGACAAGACCGAUGACAGCAACCCGCGCGAGGCCAUCCUGCGGCACGCCAAGGAGGCAGAAGAGAACCCAUACUGGGUGGCCCCAGCAUACACAGAGACACAGCCUGAGCCACUAUUCGCUGAGGAAGAGUCAUCGGAUGAAGAAGCCGACAAAGAACCGGAGUGGAAGAAACGUAAAAUCUGAGCACACCACACAGCAUCACACCUCUCCAACCUCCCUCCUCUCUCUAUCCCUCUUUCAUUUCCUUUCGUCUCUCAGUGUCUCUCUCUUCUGUUCCUCUCUCUCUCUCUCUAUGUCCUCGUGGGUUAAGAGGGUGUGUUUGACUCGUGCACACAUAGUGUGUGUUUGUUUUUGGAGAGAGGCCUGUGUUUGAAUGCCUUUUCCAGCAGCAUGCAGUUAGUGUGUCGACAGUCAGCUCACACUUCUCCUCAGAACCUUUGACACAUGGGUGUGUCAAGAUCUUUUUUGUUUUUAUAUCAUUGAUUAAAAAGAUGUACAAUUGUGUAGACAUAAACAGUCAAUUAAUAAUUCAAACAUUCUUUUAAUAAAGAACCUUUUUACAACUU